ACAUCUUUUUAUUUUUAUUUUUGUAAGAUGGAUUGCUGUAUUCAGUUAUGACCUAGCGUUGCUUAUGUUACGUUUGAAUUGCCUAUACUUGCCCGUUGGUAGUGUUCCUCUUAUUUCGUACAACUUAAAAUUUUAGCACUUCAAAUUAUUCUGCGCAUUGUUGGAGGGGGGUGAUUUCUGGUCUUAAAUUUCGCUUGAUCUCCAAUAUCAUUUUCUGUUGUGUGAAUGAUAUAAAUUGUUAGGUGAUAUGGUAAUGUUAAUUGAUUAUUGCGUUUAGUAAGGUCAUUAAUUUAGACAAGUAUAUUGGAGAUGGAAAAGAAGAGAACCUAUAGGUAGGUUAGAAUUGGAUUCAUUUAAUAGCAAUGAUCUGAUAUUUUCUCCUACAGCCCAAUCCAAUGAUUAAAGGUGAAAUGAUCGUCAGGCUUCCUCUUCCAGUUCUUAGAAGAUGACUUCCAGUUACGUUGGUAUGCUUAAAUUUGUCUAAUUAUGUUGGAUUCAUACCACCAGUUUGUGUAUUAAGUAUUGCUGCCAAGUUGGUAAUUAGGUCAGAUACAGAAACAACAAAUUUUGGUCAGUGAUUGUGCUUUUUUAUGUUACAUACAAUCACUUUGUUGGAUGAAUCUCCCUUGCGCUUGUCAUGGAUUUCUAAAUCUGACAUCAGUGGAUCAUGUUAUCAUCUGGGUGCUGGUUGCAUCAUUUUUACUAAGGUACUAUGAUCUUCUUCAUGUUUUUAGUGUUGUUGCCAUUCUUGAGAUUUUUUGGGUGCUCAAGUGCUAUUCUUUUUUCUCAAACAAUCUAGUUUUCAUUGUUCUUAAGUAGGAUAAGUUGUAGUGAUAAAUUUUAGUGCUUUCAAAUUGAAUAGCACAUUGACUUGAUCCUGAGCUCAGCCAAUUUAAUUCAUGGUGUAACUUCUGAAGUUUAUAUGGGAGAAUAUGGAUAAGGAAUGCCCCGCUAUCCAGCUCCUUACCCGAUGAUUCGCCCUAUAUUUCCUCCACGUCCAUUUCCCCCGACUGGUGUGAUUCCACCGAUGCCUAGGCCUCCAAUUCCAGGUAUCUGGGGGCUGCCACCGGUAGCCACUCCUAUUGUCAGGCCUAUUGUUCCAGUUUCUACACCAAUGGAGAAGCCACAAACUACUGUUUAUGUUGGCAAGAUUGCAACCACAGUAGAAAAUGAAUUUCUCCUUUCAAUUCUCACACUUUGUGGACCUGUAAAGAGUUGGAAAAGGGCACAAGAUCCUUCUGAUGGUACACUUAAGGCCUUUGGAUUUUGUGAAUUUGAAUCUGCAGAAGGAGUUCUUCGUUCUUUACGCUUACUGAGCAAGUUGAAUAUAGAUGGGCAAGAAUUGAUGUUGAACAUUAACCAAGCUACUAGGGAAUAUCUUGAGCGUUAUGUUGAAAAUAAAGCUGAAACAGAGAAGCAGGAAGUAGCACAAACUGGAGAUCCUGCAAAUGAAAGGGAUAGUAAAGAAAGUACUGAAAAGCAAGGACAGUCUGCAAAUCCAAUGGAAGAAGGAACCAAAAAAGAUUCUGAAGAUAAAGAAAACCAAGUGGGAAACAAGAGUUUUGGUCUAGUCACAGAUGAAGAUCGUGAGUUUGAUGCAGUUGCUCUAGAAAAGCUUACAGGAAUGUUAGAAGAGAGAUUAAAGAGCAAACCGUUGCCUCCACCUAUGCUGGUUGAUGGAACUGUUAAAUCUACUUCUGACACACCUUCCAAAUCGAAGGAUGGGGAUUCUGAUAUCGAUAUAAUGAAAGGUGAUGCUGCUGAAGAAAAAAACGACGAUGACAAUAUGAGUGAAAACAAACCAGCAACUGAAAGUGACAAGCCUGAGACUCCUGAUAGAUCAAAGCGGCAUGAUAGUAGGAGCCAAGAACGAGAUAGGGAACGUGACCUGAAACGGGAAAAAGAAAGGGAGCUUGAGAGAGUUGAGCGGGAACGAGAAAGAGAGAAAGUUAGGAGGGAAAGGGAAAGGGAAAGGGAAUUAAGGGAAGUAGAACGGUUGUACAAGGACCGGCUUAAAGAAUGGGAAGCUAGAGAACGAGAGAAAGAAUACCAGCGACAAUAUGAAAAGGAACGGGAGAAAGAAAGAGAGCGGGAACGGUGGAAAGAGAUAGUGCGGCAGGAAGAUGAAAGUAGUGGUGAUGAUGGUGAUGACUCAAGAAAAAGAAGGCGUAGAACUAGUUUACUUGAGGAAAAGAGAAGAAAAAGGCAGCAUGAAAAGGAAGAGGAUUUUGAAGACAGAUUGAAAGAAAAGGAAGAAAUUGCUGAAGCCAAGAGGAGGGCGACAGAGGAACAACCUAAACUUGUGACAAAGCAACUAAAACUCGAGUCAAAGUCACUUGAUCAGGUUACUCCGGAGGAUGAAACUGCUAUGCAAGAUGAGAAUUUUGAACGAAAGCAUAUUGAGUCCAGUCAUGCUAAUGAUGUUUCUAGAAAUGGUCUUAAUGAUGUUGAUGCCAUUUCUGGAAACAGCAGUGGUGAUGAUCUGAAUAUGAUGGCGCCAAUUGCAGUUUCAGACAAAAAGCAGAACAAUAAUGCUCCAGCUCGGAAGCUUGGAUUUGGGUUAAUUGGCUCAGGAAAACGUACUACUGUCCCUUCAGUUUUCCAUGAAGAGGAUGAUGAGGAUUUGGAUGAGAAAAAAAUGAGACCUCUUGUGCCAAUUGAUUAUUCAACUGAAGAAUUACAGGCUGUCCAGGCAAAUGCAUCUGGAUCACAAUCAAAUUUGGCGGCUGCUGCUGAAUUUGCCAAGCGCAUAUCUGGUGCCAACCCAAAAGAUGCGAAGGCUGAUACAGAUAGGGAAAGGAGCAGACGUUCUAGUGGCAAACAGAAUUUGAGAGAUCGAGAUUGGAAUGAUGAUGAGAGUAGCCGUUCAAAAGAUGAAAGUAGGGAGAAGAUGCAUAAUAGGAAUAUUGAUCGGGAAAGAGGCAGAGAAGAUAAACCAAAAACUGGAAAUAAGAAAUUAUUGGAUGCCAAGCAGUUGAUUGAUAUGAUUCCAAAAACAAAAGAAGAACUGUUUGUCUAUGAAAUUAAUUGGGAUGUUUAUGACAAGCAUCACUUGCAUGAGAGGAUGAGACCUUGGAUCUCAAAGAAGAUAACUGAGUUCCUUGGAGAAGAGGAGGCCACUUUGGUGGACUAUAUUGUUUCCUGUAUUAAAGAUCACGUGCAAGCAUCCACAAUGCUAGAAAUGCUUCAGUCUAUAUUAGAUGAUGAGGCAGAAAUGUUUGUCCUCAAAACGUGGAGGAUGCUGAUUUUUGAAAUUAAGAAAGUUGAAACAGGCUUAUCAAUGAAAUCAAAGUCCUAGGCUCCAUUUUUUUAAAAAGAAUUUCUCUCGUCUUAUCAUGCUUUCAAAUUUCCUUUUUGUGCCAAAGGUCAGUGACUGUAUUAGGACAAUAUUUUGAGAGACCUUGUUAUUUGGUAUGAAUUAAUUGUAGCCAGUCAAGCAUGAUGAUUAUGGGUUGAUUUAAAAUGAGGUUUCCUUUUUUUUUUCUUUCUA